AGCAAUGGCAACUUUCAACUUCAAUGAUUUGUUUGUGUUGAAUACGUGACAAAACAGCUUCCCACAAAAAUUAAAAUAGUUAAGUUAAAUUAAGAGUGUAGAAAACACUUAUCAAAAUGGGAGUACCAGCAUUUUUUCGCUGGCUAAGUCGAAAAUACUCAAGCGUAAUAGUGGAAUGCGUUGAAGAAAGGCCAACCGAUGUCGACGGUGAAUUAAUACACAUAGAUUCAUCUCUGCCAAACCCAAAUGGAGUAGAGUUUGAUAAUUUGUAUUUAGAUAUGAAUGGCAUUAUACACCCGUGUACACAUCCGGAAGAUAAACCCGCGCCUAAAGAUGAGGAUGAGAUGAUGGUGGCUAUUUUUGAAUGCAUCGAUCGUUUAUUUCGUAUUGUGAGGCCCAGGAAACUGUUGUACAUGGCAAUUGAUGGAGUGGCCCCAAGAGCUAAGAUGAACCAGCAGAGAUCAAGACGUUUUAGGGCUUCUAAGGAGAUUCAGGAGAAAAUAGAAGAGGUUGCCCGAGUCCGAUCAGAGCUUCUGGCAAAAGGAGCGUACUUACCUCCAGAGAAGCCUAAAGAGGCACAUUUUGAUUCAAAUUGUAUCACUCCUGGUACACCAUUUAUGGACAGACUGAGCAAGUGCUUACAUUAUUACAUACAUGACAGAUUAAACAAUGACCCUGGAUGGAAGAGUAUUAAGGUGAUCCUAUCAGAUGCCAAUGUCCCCGGAGAGGGAGAACAUAAGAUUAUGGAUUAUAUUAGGCGGCAGAGGGCUCAGCCCGACCAUGAUCCUAACACCCAACAUGUAUUAUGUGGUGCCGAUGCUGAUUUAAUAAUGUUGGGUCUGGCAACACAUGAGCCUAACUUCACAAUCAUAAGAGAAGAGUUCAAACCCAACAAACCUCGCCCAUGUGACGUCUGUGGACAGCUUGGUCACGAGAUGAAAGAGUGUACAGGUACUACACCGGACGCGUCAGUAGUACGCUCAGAUCCAGCAUUUGGUGCGCAGGAUAACUUCAUCUUUGUCAGGUUGAGUGUGCUGCGAGAGUAUUUAGAAAAGGAACUCCAAAUGCCAAACUUACCAUUCCCGUAUGACUUUGAGCGAGCUCUGGACGAUUGGGUGUUCAUGUGCUUCUUCGUGGGUAACGACUUUCUGCCACAUUUGCCCAGUCUUGAGAUACGAGAGGGUGCGGUGGAUAGAUUGGUCAACUUGUACAAGAAGUGCGUCUAUAAGACUAAAGGUUGGGUGACAGACAGCGGGGACGUGAACCUGGAGCGAGUGCAGGUGAUAAUGGAUGAGCUGGGCCGCGUGGAGGACGAGAUCUUCAAACGGCGUCACCACAACGAGCUGGUGUUCCGCGCGCGAGACAAGGCUCGUAAGAAGCAGCAGCAGGUCAACUUUAAGCUGCUCGAGAAGACUCAGUUUGCGCCCAUGUCUCUUAGCGCUGCUGCAAAGCCGGUUCAGAAUGCGAGGCAGGAGGCUGCUAAUAUCCGUAUCGCUGGCAUGAACGCCUCUGCUGAGCAAGAGGGGUCAGAGCGUCGCGGGCGCAAGCGUACAGCGGCGGAGGCGGAGGUGGAGGGAGGUGUGGAGGCGGAGGUGGAGGAGGAUGAGGACAAGCACGACGAGGUGCGGCUGUGGGAGGAUGGUUUCAAGGAGCGCUACUAUGAGAGCAAAUUUGAAGUAUCCAGUGAUAACAUGGAGUUCAGAUACCGUGUGGCGCUGCAGUACGUACGAGGGUUGUGCUGGGUGCUGCGCUACUACUACCAGGGGUGUGCCAGCUGGAAAUGGUACUUCCCCUACCAUUAUGCACCCUUCGCCUCUGACUUUGUCAACAUUUGCGGACUCUCUACUAAGUUUGAGAAGGGCACGCAACCGUUCCGUCCUCUGGAGCAGCUGAUGGGUGUGUUCCCCGCUGCCAGCUCCUCCCACGUGCCGCAGCCCUGGGCCAAGCUUAUGAGUGAUCCUUUUUCGCCUAUAAUAGACUUCUAUCCUACGGACUUCAAGAUAGAUUUGAACGGCAAGAAGUUUGCGUGGCAAGGUGUUGCAUUGCUGCCAUUUGUGGAUGAGAACCGACUGUUCAAGGCCCUCGAGCCAUAUUACAAGGACCUCUCGCAGGCUGAAAUUCAGCGCAACAUACGAGGUCACGACCGACUAUAUGUGUCACCCUCACAUCCGAGUUACGGCGCGCUGGUGGCGUUGUACGAGGCGGGGGGUCGGCAGCGACCCCCCGUGACCCCCCGUGCACAGGAUGACACCCGUCACCCUUACCGCAGUCAGGGGGUCCGCGGUGACGUCUUACUCAGCAGUGACAAUGUCACCGUCGGCGGUCAGCUACCGUCACCAGUGGUUGGUUUAUCACCUGUUUUGGGUAAUCGAGUGGUUUGCGUGAGGUUCGAGGAUCCUCAAUACCCUGAUGAGUUCAUCUUCCCUGCACGCCGACUGAAAGGUGCCACGGAACCUCCCAGAGUUCUCAAACCUGGAGAUCUCAGCGAUCAGCAGAACAGGAAUUGGAGACCUCAAAUUGGUAUGGUGAGAUCUCAUACAGUAGCAAGCCUCGAGAUGGCAGGUCAUCGUAUGCUGGGACAUAAUUUGCCCCGGGAUCGAAAUUACGCCUCAGUACCUCCUCCACAGCAUCAGCACAACCAGCAUGGUCAACAUGGUCAAGGAUAUGGACAACAUCAACGGUCUCAUUCAUUCGGUCCACAGCGAAGUGGGUACACACCAAACUACAACCAAGGUCAACAAAACCGUGGCUAUCAACACGGACAGGGUUACAGGCAACAGAACUACCAGGGUAACAGUUACCAUGGUAACAGUUACCAGGGCAGCAGUCAGGGUUACUCUAGCAACCAGGGAUAUAGCUCGCAAGGUUAUAAUAGUUACCAGUCGAAUGGCAGGGGUUAUAGUCAUGGACAGGGUGGGCAGAAGUACGCCAGGGGACCGCAAUCGGAGCGCAGGCCAACUGGUCACAACAACAGACAAGGACAGGGCUCAACAUGGCGCUGAAGAAACUCCUUGCAACUUAUGAACUUAUUGUAAAUAAUAAAUACAGAGACAAAUCAUUUUUAAAACUUAUAUGAUUUUUUAA